AUGGCCAGCCAAGCACAAGUCAACCCCAAGAGGCAACAGGAGCUCCAGCUCCAGUACUCCAACUACAAAAACACGCUACAACAAUUGGCGCAGAAGAUCGGUGAUAUUGAGCAAGAAGCAGAAGAGCAUAAGCUUGUUAUCGAAACCCUCGACCCCCUCCCUAAGGACCGGAAAUGCUUUCGGAUGGUGAACGGUGUUCUGGUAGAGCGGACAGUUGAGGACGUUCUCCCGUCUCUCAAGACCAACUCGGAUGGAUUGAAGCAAGUCUUGGAGGAGCUACUUAAGCAGUACAAGUCGAAGCAGGCGGAUCUGGAUAACUGGAAGAAGAAGAACAACAUCCAGGUUGUACAGCCUUAG